CAGGAAUGAAGGAAGCUUCCAGCAUACAAGCACGCUACAUUCCUCGUCCACCACCAGACGAGCUGGUCAAAACCCGACAGACCAUACCUCUACGCAGGAGACUCCGAGGCCUACGAGGCCACCUUGAUAACCACGUCUAAAAGCUCCCGCAACUCCACCAGACUAACACUUUCACCAGGUGGCAAGGUGUGCAGCUCCUUUCCUUCAGCAAAGCCCGUCAAAACGGACCGCACCCACGAGGAAAAUCAGCCCAGCGUUUUGGCCCACGCAACGACGCCAACGAACUUCCAACCCCUCGGGUCCACACAGGCUGCACGAUGUCUGCCCGCCACCAAGUAAAGCUGCACCGGUACGACAGCGCGUGCAACAUGUCGCUGCGGCCGUCCACGCCAUCGGGGUCGAUCAAAUCCGCCAAGGCACCUCCAUCAGGCACCUCAUCCGCCUCCGUCAAGUCAGUGAAUUCUACCCGGGCUCUCCCGUCGGCAUCCUCUGCCGCCUACACCUUAACCUCGCGCUUCUCUGCCCCCAGCGGCCCCAUCUGGAGCAGCCGGGCCGCGCGGCCGCCCAGCACAGGAUCGGGAGGACCGUGGAGGCCGAGUAUCAAGGACUCCGCAUAUGGGCGGCGGUGUCAAAUGCGGAGUGAUCCGCAGGCUGAUGAUGUGGUCGAGGAGAUGAGGGAGCAGGAAAGGGAAGAGGUGGAGAUAGCUAGGGUGGAGAAGAGGAAGAAGGUGGAGAAGAAGAGGCUGGAAUAUGUGGAGGAGAAGGCGGGGAAGGAGGAGGUGGAGAAGGUUUGGAGGGGAUGCUGGUGGUAGAGAGUGUUUCAGCGGAGAUCGUGUUCUUCGAAGUGCGGGUACAAUGGCAGUAUGAGUUGAGACCGGGUGGUGUUUGUUCCAGCUGUGGGAGCAAAGAUGCAAAUCCUUUCUAAGCGGUCGUUUUAGUAUCGCUUACUUCGGAGUAAUGACAUCGGUGGGGG